GUGCGUGUCUGGGAAAUACGGCAAAUGAUGGCUGUCGAGCUGGUAUCAUAGCAGAUUUGUGUAGUAUUGCUUCCUGAAUAGAAUGGCAAGCCUGGCAUCCAAGGACACAUACCUUCAGAAAUUAGGCAGUAAAGUAUGUGCCUCGCAGAACCAAGAAGCACGGAAAAGGCCUUUCGCUCCGUAUUGGAGUGCCGGCGAAGCUGGUGCCCCUAAAAAGAAAAAGAACAGACAGAAGCUGGACAGAGAGAAGAGUUUUAAUAGAAAAGACAGGAAAUCACCCAUAAAGACUGAUUCGAAGGCCGCCGUUCACCCAGCUCAGGCAGCAGAACAGAGUGCAUUACCGGUUAAUGCGCAGAAUGGGACCGCUCUCAAAAAGCCUGAGGGGCCUAAAGGUGGAAAGUCUGUUGCCAGUUCCUUUUUUGCAGUAGAUCUUCUCCGUCAGAGAUUACAUGACAAGAUAAAGGAAUCUCACGGCCAUGGGAACUCCGAGGGUGUUUCAUCAGAAGAGAUUUCGAAGAAGCGGGAACGCAGGAGGCAGGAAAGGGAGCGCAAGAAGAGGAAAAGGAAGGAGUUCCGGAUGAAGAAGCUUGCAGAGAAAGCAGAGGAGGCCAAAAAAAAGGAGGACGGAGUGGACCCUUCUAGUUCCACUGCUGGAUUACCUGCGGCAGCAGAGAAAGAGAAGACCACUCUGGUUUUCAACAGGGUGGAGGUGGGAGAAGAGUAUGUGGACAAAGUCCAGCUGAAGAAGGAGAAGAAAAAGAAGAUAAAGGGAAACCUGACUCCACUGACUGGGAAGAACUACAAGCAGCUUCUCACCCGCGUGGAAGCACGAAAAGCCAAGCUAGAGGAACUGAGGGCCAAGGACGAGGGCAAGGCCAAGGAGGUAGAGAACAAGAUGAAGUGGACCAACGUGUUGUACAAGGCAGAGGGCCUGAAGAUUAAAGACAAUGAGGACCUGCUGCGCACCUCUCUGAAAAGGAAGGAGAAGAUGCGCUCCCAGAGGAAGAAGCGCUGGGAACAGCGCAGUGUACACAUCCUGGAGAAGAUGCAGCACAGGCAAGACAAGCGUCGCAAAAACAUCCAGAAGCAGAAGCGCGGGAAAGUGGAGAGGCGCAAGGAGAAGGCCAGGAAAAAGGGCCGUGUGCUGCCGGAGGAUCUGAAGAAGGCCUAACUGUGCCAGAGCUUCGGAAACAGUGACUCACUAACGAUGGCUGCAUAUCAAUCGACAGGAGUUUGGCUCCUCUUUUUAUAUGCUGCCAGUUAACUCCAGAGGACCUGUGAAAAAUACAAAACCUGAUGGCGUCUCUUCUUGGGACAGUCUUGAGACAGAGUUGUCCACUUCUAGCCCUGGUCUUGUGUGCAUAGACUGUCUAAUGAUGAUGAUGAAAAUGACAGUAAUAAAAAACUGGAUAUGUUUGUCCUCUUGUUAGUACAAAGACUAGCCUCAGUUAUUACAAGUGUCAUGUAAUGGUCACGUUGGCAAGCAAAAUGGAAACUAUACCCAAUACAGUUUGUAGGUGUCAAAACUGAGACAUGAAUUUGAUAAAAUAUGUACUAACUUGUUUACAUGUGUGAGUAUUUACUCAAGAUUCCUGGUUUCUUGGUCGAAAUGUUGAGUUGAAGGUGCUAUUGUGCAGGAAGAAUGGCAGUCAUGCUGCAGAACUGAAUGAGAACACAUAAAUUUGUGUUUUGAAUUGUUUAUGCACAGUAAUUAUGCAACAAACUUCACAAAAUAAUUUCAGUUCCACAUGCAUGAAUUGAUUUUGUGGCUUACCAUUUUUGUUAUCGGUUUGUAACUGGCUUGGUAUUAACCUUAAACAUUAAACCCCCUGAGCAUAGUCUUUUUACACUGGGUGAAGUGAGGCCUCAU